AUGGAGCACCUGCACAGAACAAAGCAAGGUGAGAACAAGGGUCAUAAUUAUCUUGGAAAAGAAACAAAGAAUGAAAUAAUACAUCUUAUUGGAUCAUCUAUAACCAACAACAUUCUAUUAAUGAUGAAAUCUGCAAAGUAUUACAGUAUAAUUCUGGACUGCACACAAGAUAUUUCAAAAGUUGACCAGAUGACAGUUGUGGUACGUUUCGUCCAGGAGACAAGACUCGACGGGGUAUAUGAUGUCCGAACUUGGGAGCAUUUUCUGGAAUUUCUUCCAGUGCCUUAUUCUUUAUACUCCACUUUGAUGCAGGUCGUACUCAAGUUCUUGGAAGAUAAAAAAAUCCUAUUGUGUAAUAUGAAAGGGCAAGGACAUGACAAUGGAGAAAACAUGAAAGGAAAGAAGUUUAAUCUCCAGAAAUUAAUUUCAGAUAUCAAUAAGAGAUCAUUUUAUGUACCACAUAGGAGUCACUCAUUGAAUCCUAGUCUUCUAAAUAUGCUGUUUCCAUGUUUUCGACAAUGA